CCCACUGACACACACCCAAACACACGCUUCUCAGCAGGGCUUUGUAAUACUAUGUGCACUCCCUCGUGUGUUACUAUUAUAUCCAACAGGAAACAGAUUUGGUCAUACUGGUUGAUGCCUCAACAAAAUUCACUAGCUCAAGAACAUUUCCAUAGUUUUUAGGCUUUGUUUUUAAUUUUUUACACAUACAUAAGUACUGUAAUUAUUUGCUGAUAUCUGGGAUACAUACGACCUGUCCGGUGUAGGUGGAUGAGAGUAAAACUCAUUUGGAUUGAAACAUGGAGCAGCUAUUUUUUCUUCUCAUUCCCCUGUUUGCAUCUUCUUUCAUCUCAGCAGGUAAGUCAAUCAGAAGCCAUUUUUAUAUUUUAUAUUUUAUAGUAUAUGGUAAGAAGAAAAACAGUAUAAGGGGUGAUCAAAGUUUAAAAUGUUUUCUGGCUUAAACUGCAGUAGUCACUGACUAUGUAUGGUGGCCCCCAAAAGGCUGCUUUUAGUGCCCAACAUUUUGUGGCUAUUUAAUAUAUUCAGUAUAUCUUUUCAUGAAAUGUAUGUUCUCGAUGCGAUUUGCACAGAAAAUUACCAAAACAUACCAACUACAGUACCUCCAAACACAACUGCUACGUCUACAUUGUCUGUUGUUUCAAAAGCAGCCCAAACUGGGCCUUACCAUUUGUCAUCUCGAUAUGAGAAUGGCGUGACCAGUCACACCUCAGAAACUGUAAGCACAACCACAGCUCCUGUGUCUUCUAGCCACACAGGCAGUACUAAUGGAUUCAGCCUUACUUCGCACACCACACCAGGGCAGUCCAUCAUCACCAGCUCCACACUGACCACACUAAGAUCCUACGCUGACACAACUCUAAAUUCCACCUCAUCCCCAGCGGCCAAAAUAACAGGCAGUACUGAUGGAUCCGGCCUCUCUUCACAUAACGACACAUCAGUGGUUGUUACACUGCCUCCAAAGACUUCAACGACCGCUAAUUCAAGCAUCAGCAUGUCAGAGGUGACGGCAUCCCCUUCACAGGCACCAGACAGCGGUCUCACUUUGCUCGCCUUUAGUGUGAUGAGUCUUAUACUCGUUUUAAUUAUUGUCAUGGUGGUCUUAGUGAUCGCUAUCAACCUCAGGGGACGGUGUAGAAAUACUAAACAGCAUGAGGGUAUUAAAAGCUGUGAUCCUGUGGUGUCUGACAGCAACUUGACCAGCAACUGUGAGAAGGAGAGCAUCACUCUUGUCUCUGUGAGGACAAUAAACACAGAAAGCAAUACAGAUUCUCCCCAGAUGUCUUCAGUUCGUAGCACAAUAGUGGAUAAUGAUGACCAAGAAUUUACCAGAGACCUGCUGGGCAUCAAAGACGGACUAUGAUUUUACUCAGUUCGUAGCACACGAUUUUGAAGGCUGCAUAUUCUAUUUAUAAUAUUAAAUGAAUGUGAAUGAAUGUGCCUUUAGCUAAUGGCCAGUGUACAGAUCACACAUCAUGUUUAUGACAUACAUUGGUGCACACACUGCAUAUAAAAUAUCUCCUAUAUAUGCUCUCAUAUAUUAAACAUGACUUCCUUCAUUGAUAAAUAAAA